CCCCAGGCCCCGCUCCCGCCAGUGGAGGAUGAGCCGUCGUGGGGUCCCCAUCGCCUGGCGCUGCUCGUCCCUUUCCGGGAGCGGUUCGAGGAGCUACUGACCUUUGUGCCAUACAUGCACCGCUUCCUAAGCACCAAGAGGAUUCGCCAUCACAUCUUCAUCCUCAACCAGGUGGAUCAUUUCAGGUUUAACAGGGCAUCCCUGAUCAACGUGGGCUUCCUGGAGAGUGGCAACACCACUGACUACAUUGCAAUGCAUGACGUUGAUCUGCUGCCCCUCAAUGAGCAGCUGGACUACAGCUUCCCGGAGGCAGGACCCUUCCAUGUGGCAUCCCCAGAGCUGCACCCACUCUAUCACUAUAAGACCUAUGUGGGUGGUAUCCUGCUGCUCACCAAGCAGCACUACGAGAUGUGCAAUGGCAUGUCCAACCGCUUCUGGGGCUGGGGACGGGAGGAUGAUGAGUUUUAUCGACGUAUCAAAGGAGCUGGUCUCCAGGUUCGCCGUCCUUCUGGAAUCACAACUGGAUACGAGACUUUCCAGCACCUGCAUGACCCAGCCUGGAGGAAGAGAGACCAGAAGCGCAUCGCUGCACAGAAGCAGGAACAGUUUAAGAUGGAUCGGAAGGGAGGCCUGAACAAUGUGAGGUACCGAAUUGAGUCACGGACAGCUCUGAGUGUGGCAGGAGCCCCUUGCACCGUCCUUAAUGUCUUGUUGGACUGUGACACAAACGAGACCCCUUGGUGCACGUUCAGCUGAGCCAAUUGCAUCACUGUGCUUGAGCUGAGAUGCCGGGGCUGCCACCAAGCUGCUUGGAGCAGGCAGGAUCUUUGCAGUGGCCGAUCAUGGCAGUGCUGGCGAGACACAGAGGGACAGAAAAGGCCAAGAACCAGGCUUUGCUGGGACCAACAGAAGAGGCUGAGAGUGGGACUUGGUGGCAUCACUGUGGACACUGGUGCUGCCUCCCAGGGCAGGUGCAGGAGGCUGUUUUCCUGCUCUGGACAUGGCUGAGCUGCCACCCAGCUCAGAGGACAAUAAAGAACUAUCAGGGCACCUGUGUGUUGUGAGUGCCCUGGGCUAUGC